UCCUCCUCCUCUUCUUCCUCACUCUCUCUCUUUCCUCUCCAGUGCAUCAGUCAGUCGGCUGCACGCCGCAUUGACGCUGCUCCAUCCCUGCUCUCAUCUGCGAGCAGUGGACCUUGCUGAGAUUGUGUGCCUUUUUCUUUUCUUUUUUUACAAGGGAUAUGCAACACAUGCGGUCCGUCUUCAGUGAUGCAGCAGAGCCACACAACACAUUCGGAUGGAACUCACAAGUUUGCACCUCAUCAAUGCUGCUUUUGAGGCAGCGAGGCUUCCGCGCCGUCUCCAACAUGGGUGUUGACUGAACGGAGGGGGAGCCGCAGAGGACACGAAGGUGCGCUUUUUUGGAUUUAGAACUCCAACAACCAUGCAGAUGCUCUCAUUUGUGGUGCUGCUAGCACAUGCACAUGUGUGCUUGUCUGUGAGGAGCAAUGCAUGGAUUAGAGAGGACUCCUCCAGGACUUCCAGUGGGAAGGAGAGGCACCAAAACAAAGCCACAGGUGAGUCCCCGCUGGAGCUGCAGGCAGUCAUCAGAGGGACCUUUAACUCGAGGCGGUUUCCACACUCGAAUAGGACGGUGACACCCGUGCAGGAUCCCUCCCACUGGGACCCGACGCGCCUCCACCAUAAUAAGAGGACAAAGUUGAGUAGUGCAGGUGGACACCACAAUGCGCCUAAGCCCUCCUCAAUGGGCGGAGGAGGGGGCCUGGCAGAGGGAGACCGUCGCAGGAGGGGCACAAAAGAGGAGAAAGCCUGGAAGAGGGGGAGAACCCGCCCAAACAAAAGCCCGGAGCCUCAUUCGUCGCCAUGGGAACCCAUCCCAAAGCCCGUGGCUCUAACAUCCACCGAGGCGCCCUUUGACCUCCUCACCAGGAGGCCCGAGUUCUUCACCUUACGCGAGGAGAACCCGUGGGACGCCACGCCGAUCACGCCGCCCGGCUGGCAGGACUUCGGAGGGGACGAGAUCAAGAACCCCUUCUACCCGGUAACCGGCGAGACGUACGCCGCCUACGCCAUCACCUGCGUGUCGGGGUUUAUCUUCCUGGUGGGGCUGGCGGGCAACAUCGCCAUCCUGUGCAUCGUGUGCCAGAACUACUACAUGAAGAGCAUCUCCAACUCUCUGCUGGCUAACUUGGCCGUGUGGGACUUCGCGCUCAUCUUGUUCUGCCUGCCCAUGGUGGUCUUCCAUGAGCUUACCAAGUCCUGGCUGCUGGGGGAGUUCACCUGCAGAGUGGUGCCAUACAUGGAGGUGGCAUCCCUGGGCGUGACCACCUUCACCCUGUGCGCCCUCUGCAUCGACCGCUUCCGCGCGGCCACCAAUGUGCAGAUGUACUAUGAGAUGAUCGAGAACUGCACCUCCACCACCGCCAAACUAGCCGUCAUCUGGAUCGGAGCCCUCCUGUUGGCGCUACCUGAGCUGCUCAUCCGCCAGCUGGUGGUGGAAGACGCAGAGAUCCCGGAUGAGCCUCCGGUGGAACGCUGCAUCAUCCGGAUAUCCACGUCCCUCCCGGAUAUGCUCUACGUUUUAGGUUUGACCUACGAGGGCGCACGACUGUGGUGGUGCUUCGGUUGCUACUUCUGCCUACCCACCCUAUUCACCAUCGGGUGCUCUCUGGUGACGGCGAGGAAGAUCCGCCACGCCGAGCAGGCCAGCGUGCGCAGCAACAAGAAGCAGAUCCGCCUGGAGAGCCAGAUGAACUGCACGGUGGUGGCGCUGGCCAUCGUCUACGGCGCAUGCGUGGUGCCCGAGAACAUCUGCAACAUCGUGUCCGUGUACAUGGCGGCCGGCGUUCCUGAGCACACCAUGUCCGUGCUGCACCUACUCUCCCAGCUGCUGCUCUUCUGUCGGGCUGCCGUCACGCCCGUGCUGCUCCUCCUCCUGUGUCGCCCGCUGGGCAGGGCCUUCCUGGACUGCUGCUGUUGCUGUUGCUGCAGCCGCACGCCCUCCUCCACCACGGCCAGUGACGAUAACGAACAUGAGUGCACCACCGAGCUGGAGCUGUCGCCGUUCAGCACCAUACGGCGCGAGCUGAGCAACUACACGCCGGCCGGGUCCAACUGCUAAGGUGAUGGUGCGUUUGCCUUACCCGGUCCAGGCACAUGUCCAAAUAGGCGCAUGAGGGACAGUGUCCAUGCCCAGCAUUCACUUACGACGACCACCGCCAAGCAGAAAUCUACCCGUUUUCAGCAAUGGUGAACCUACUACAUUCAAAGACAAGAGUGCUCUGCUGUUCUUAAGGAUCCACUCCAAAAACGUUGUACUGUUUUUAAGGAUUUACUGCAAAAACGCCAGGCAAAGAUCUUCUGAGACAGGAAGACUGCUGUUUUUAAGGAUCUACUGCACUGCACUAUGAUGCACACGAGUCAAAAAUCCUCUGUUAAAGUAGUCCUCAAGAAGUAACCUGCUAACUAGCAAACUCUUUUGUUUACAGUUCUGCCUUGGCUGAGGUUAGCAUGCUACUGUUUCAACACUAACAUAAAGAACCACUACAAAUAACGAUGCGCAAUGAAUGCCCUGCGGUGCUCUUAAAGACAAGUGAACUCAAAUUUCAUUCACUCUGCCAUCUGGAACACUAAUCCAGUAGAAACCAGAUGCAUCCGAUGUGGAUUUCAUUGGUAAAAAUUAGCAUCAAAUCUAAUACAAUGGAACCUUGGUUAUCAUCAUUAAAGUCUUCCACAAGGUCCAACUCUAACCAAAACAGAUGCUAUCUGAAUCAAUUUUUUCCCAUAAGAAAUCAUGUAAAUCCGAUUAACCCAUCCCAGAAAGCCAAAAGUGUUAACACAAAACAUGUUCUUAUAGUUUUACAAUUAUAGUUUUCGGGGUCUGGGGCAGCCGUGGGUCAGGAGGUAGAGCAGGUCAUCCAAAAACCACCUUGACAAGACCCUUCAACCACCUUGCUCCUGCAGCCAAAACCAGCUCCAAAUUGUAACACUCGGACCAAGCACAUGGUCUCCAUUCACUCUGCCCAGGCUUGCAUCCUGUCCCGGGGCGCUACCAUUGUCUCUCGAGACAGAAGGAUGCCUACUGCCUGCUACAAUUAUAGUUUUACAUGCAGUAAACAAUUCCAAUAUAUUGGAAUAUAUAUAAUUCCAAUAUAAAUGAGGAAUGAAAGGGAUAAAAGAACAUUUAAGGCUACUUUUACCUUCAUCAAAGACGUGAUUCUUGAUGUGACUGUUCCCAAAGACACAACGUGGCAGCAAGACGCCACACGGACACCACCUUCCUGUUUUGCCAUGAGUUAUUCUUGAGUUCAAUAGUGUUUCUCACCUCAAUAACCCACAAUGGAGCCACAGAAAGUUUCAAGCGCCAGCAUUUUGAUAAAGACGGUGAAAAACACUCUUGAAUUGAAUAAAUCAUUCAUGACAAAACAGGAAGAUAGCGUCCAUCGUUGUGUCUCGCUGCCACAUUGUGUCUUUGUGUCACAUCAACAAUCACGUCGUUGAUGAAGGUAAAAGUCAUCUUAAAUGUUCAUUUAUGCCUUUCAUUCCUCAUUUGUAUGUAUUUAGAAUUGUUUUAUGUAUGUGAACAUAUAAAAACGUGUUUUGUGUUUUUGAGAGCGAUGACAUCAUAGAUGGGUUACGUAGCUGACUUCUGGUUUCUGGCUUCUGGCUGCCAUUGUGUAACUUAACAAGCUAGCUUCUUUGUUAGAAGCUAAGGAUGUUUUGUGGUAAAAAUACGAACACAGUUGGACUCACGCAGUGUAUUAAUACCACGCCAAGAUGCUCCGUAUUGUUCGCUAACGGGAAAGUAUAAGUAAACCGAAGCAAAAUGUUUUAGGUUAACUGGAAAGCACGCUAACCGGGGGCGGACGCUAACCGAGGUUCCACUGUACAUCAUAGUCGGCUGACACUGCCUACACGAAACAGGACUUUGUUUACACACAAUAUCUACUGUAAAUCUACUCUCCUCGUGUUGGUACGCACAUUUUAAACCACAUCCCAGAUAAAGAGAAACAUCAAAAUUUCAUACAUUUUAAAGCUACAUUUUUUAAUACAGCCCGUUAUUAGACGAUCCUAGUGUGCAUCUACAUUGUACAUAUGAAACACAUUUACGUGCACUGUAUGUACUUGUAUAUGUUGGACAUCACUGGGCUGGUCUCAGACAUGUGGAAUUAAAAGCUUGACACUGGACUAAUGGAUGAUAAUAUAAAGUAGUCAACAUGGAGCAGACACUGUUGUAUCAUAUUACGCCUUGCACUGUAUAUACAGUAUAAAUAUAUAUUUAAAUGGUUCUCUCUUUGGUGCUCUUAUGACGAAUGCGCUGUCAAUAACAAAUCAAUCAGAUCCACUUAGGUUGGCCAGCAAGUGAGCUGCACAUUUCAUUUGUGCUCAAGAAGACAAAUGGUGGUUAUUUGUGACGGUUCGGACUCUAAAUGUAAAAAUCUAGCGAGUCCAGUGCUAGCAAAAGCAUGUAAAACAACGCCAAAGUGACAUGUAUUGUACUGUAAAUCUGUUUUCUUACUUCGUCUAAUGGCAAGAUAAAUGUGUCGCUCAUUACAAUCAAGCCAACUGAGAACUGGUGAAAAGUGGUUUACGUUCAUAUAAUAUCAACUGUUGUCCCCGUAAAGUGAGCCAAUUGUCAACCAGUCAAAGGCUUCUUGUGCAAAAUACAAAGGAAAAAUCAGAUUAACGGUCGUUGGUAUCAUGUUCUGAUGUUCGGAAGUGGUGGUAAUCACAGAGUGUUCUGUUUCUGUAUCAAUCAUAAACCAUUCAAGCAAGAUCCAUAUUCAUUUUGAAAGGCAGUCAACAAAAGAUGAGGUCCGGUUUCUGCCAUAAUCACAGAUCAAAGGUCAGAUCGCGGUUAAUUGACGCACCCGUAGUAAGUGAAUUCCUGCGAAAUAGGAUUUAUAAAUGGAGUUAGAGUAUAGAAACCCUGUUUACGACCUACUAAAUACAUUUGUUAACAUUAUUAGAGCCCUCUAGACAUUAAAUAAAACCCCUAUAGUCACCGUGACACUAAUAUUAACCAAUAUAGUAGAGAUAAUAAGAGACAAUUACACAUAUAAGACAUAAAUAAGAGAAAAUAUACUCACACACACUCACACCCCUAGCUUUGUUUUAUUAGAUACGCUGACUCCAUGCUCAUAUAGAAAUAAUACUCACAGUAAUUUAUGUUAUACAUUAUAAUUAAACAAACAAGACAAAAGGUAAAACAAAUGGAAAGGUCAGAAUGUUCCUGCUCCUGUUCCUGUACAUGAUUUUAAUCUAUCAAAUGACACCGUUGUUAGCACUUUUGCAUGCAGGAAUUACAGCCUGAUGUCAGAGCAGGAGCCGUAUUGAUUACGACGGAGACGCUUAAAGCAGCUAGCAGAGGUCACGUUUCUUCUCCAUUCUGAUUAGCAAUCGCUUCACGGGGACGACACUGUUGACUGACCAAAAUCAAUUAGGCCUUAUGCUCGUCACGACCCGUGCAGGUGCAAUGUUUCCAAGUAUUCCGUGUCUCACAAUCAAGUUCUUUUUUUGUAUAUGAUUCUGCACUGCCAAACACCUUCUGUGUGUGUGUGUGUGCGCGCGUGUGUGUGUGUGUCUUGUGGUAGCAGCACACUACUAGUGCUUGUCAGGUCAGUUUGCCUCUUCCAGUCCUACAAUCCGACUUGUUCAAGUACCAUUAACUACCAUGGUGCUACUGUAUGUGCAAAUCUGAGCACGACUCGUACUCCACUUAAAAGUCGGGAUUUUGCGACUCAAAAGUCAAACUGACCUCCCUAAUUCUCCAGAAAAGCAACUUUUAGGAAGGAGUACCGUGGAUUGUAAGUGGCUCGGUGUGUAGUUCUCUGCUGUUGAUGAAGUGAUUCUUGUGUAACAUACAACUAGUGAUUGGUGGCUGCAAAUGUUAUAAUAAGCACAUAGCACUGUUUAUGUCUUAACUUGCUCACUGGUUUCUAAAUCUAGCUUUUUAUAUAGCCAAAAACUGUCCCUUUGUCUAUGAGAGAAUCUUUAAAAGUGUCCAUUAAAAGCCUAAACGUGACAUCUGUGUCCUGUAG